UAUUAUUUAGUUACGGUAGGGUCACACUUUUGUUUUGUUUUGCUUUGCAACUCGACUUUUAAAAUUGCAAUUGCAGCAUGGCCGAAGAACCCGAGGAACCCGCCAAGAGCUUCGUUAUCUUCGGACGCGAUGUGGCGCAGAUCCCGUGCUUUCGUAACAGUUUUCUCUACGGAAUCAGCGGAGGAAUCGGCAUCGGCUUGCUGACUUUUCUGGGCACCUCGCGAACCCACCUGUCCACCCACGUGGGCUUCGGCUCCUUCUUCUGCGGCACCAUCGCCUACUGGAUGACCUGCAGGUAUCAGUGGUCCGUCAGGAGAUUCGAGCAGCAGCAACUUCGUGAGGCGAUGAGACGACAAGCCAUUUAUGAGGGCACCCAAAGGGAGAGGGACUUAGACUUAAAGUCAGCGUAGCAUGAGUCAGGUCCUUCAUUACCACUUCGAUGUUUGUUUUCACUCUAGGAUACCAAGUAAUCCUGGUAUCGUUAAAUCCCUUGUGUUGUAAACUACCUUUUGUUACCAAACUUUAUAGUAGCCAAUAUAUUAUAUAUAUGUUGUAAGUGAAA